AUUGGGAGGGGGGGAAAUGGAUUCAUUGAACUGAAUAGACAUUAAAUCAAUCCAAAAUAUUCCAUCCUUAGUUAAGGAAUUUUUUGUACACUCUUUCCAUUUUCAGUAGCAAUUGGAUGUUUCCACUGAGAUCUAUCAACCUUAUCGGAAACAAUUUCUCUGCGGUUUAUUACGCUUGAGUGAAUAUGAUUAACCAAACAACCCUCUCUGGCGGUGGCGGUGGCGGUGGCGGUGGCGGUGGCUGCCCCGACGGCGCUGCAACUGCAAGCGGUGACAUCAUGGAUCAAAGGAGUGUUAAGGAAGAGGAGAUGGAAGUAAGCACGGAGACGAUGGGGGGCGGUGGAGGCGAAUCUGAUUGCGGCGGCGGAGGCGAUGGGGGUUGGGCGUCAUCGGCGACGGCGAAACCAAUGGAAGGGUUGCAUGAGGUGGGGCCGGCGCCGUUCCUGAAGAAGACGUAUGAGAUGGUGGAGGAUCCGGAAACCGACCCGGUUGUAUCUUGGAGCGAAGGCGGUAAUAGCUUCAUUGUUUGGGAUUCUCAUAAACUCUCCAUCACUCUUCUCCCCAAAUACUUCAAGCACUCCAAUUUCUCCAGCUUCAUCCGCCAGCUCAACACUUAUGGUUUUAGGAAGAUUGAUAGUGAUAAAUGGGAGUUUGCAAAUGAAGGGUUUCAAGGAGGGAAGAAGCAUUUACUGAAGAACAUAAAAAGAAGAAGCAGGUAUAACAGUUACAAGAAGCAGCAGCAGCAGCAUCAUUUGGGCAUGCCCAUGGGCUUACAAGAUUUGUCAAAGCACUCACUUGUGGAAGCAGAACUACAAGCUUUGAAGUCCGACAACAACAUUUUGAGAGUAGAGAUGUUGAAACUGAGAGAGCAGCAGCAGGACUCACAGAACCAGCUCACCAUGGUUGAAGACCGAGUCCGAUGCGUCGAGUCCAAGCACCAACAGAUGCUCUCUUUCGUCUCUAAAAUGUCCAGAAACCCCGGGUUUUGUCGACAGUUGGUGCAGAGGAGAAUGCUGAGGAAGAAGCUGAUGAACAAUGGGGAUGAGUUUGGAAACAACAGAAGGUUACUUGCAAUGCAAGGCCAUCAAAAUCUCACCCACUCUGAACUGCUCAGUACUGAAAUGUUUCCACAAGCUAUCGAACCCGGACCGGUCGUGCUCGAGCCGCCGGUCCGAGCCUCCACAAUGGUUGAUGAAGACAGUGACUCCAAAUUCUUCCUGGAAUUGGAGGAUCUCAUCCAGAAGCCUCCUCCUCCUCCUCCUCCUCCUCAGGAUUGCCCCUCAGCUUAUGUAAAGCAACAAGCUUUCCAUGGAUUUGUUGGAUCCAUUCCAUGAGUUCCCCAUUGUAUAUAAAAUUUGCUAGUAAGUCCUAUACUCUUCAAAAUUUGCAAUAUUGCCCCAACCCCUUUCGCGAACUUUUCAAAAUUAUGAGUUUCAAUUUUUGAAACGUUUGUGAAAUAUCGGGAUAAUAUUGUAAUUUUUGAAAAUAUAUGGUAUUUUUCAAAUUGGAGUGGCAUAUUUGUAAUAUACUUGAGAAGUGUGUGGUUAUAAGUAGUUUAA